ACCUACAACUUCUCGUCUUCGGUAUCAGAAACAGAGUCGAAGAAAAACGUACAGAAGACAAAAAGCCAGACCAAGGAUCACUGUGUGAGGAAGACAGAAAAAUCAGGGUUUCUAGUGUAAAAGGAGUAAGUGAACUUAUAAUUAGGGUUUUGAUAAAUUCUUCAAUAAAAGGAGAUGUACCUUGGUAAAUCAUUUAAGGAUUCUUUGAAAGUUCUUGAAGCAGAUAUUCAGCAUGCUAAUACACUGGCAUCGGACUUUCCUAGGGAUUAUGAUGGUGCAUGCCUUCAGAUGAGAAUGUCAUACAGCCCUGCAGCACACUUGUUUCUUUUUCUUGUACAAUGGACAGACUGCCACCUCGCAGGUGCUUUGGGGUUGCUAAGGAUUUUAAUUUAUAAGGUUUAUGUGGAUGGCACGACAACUAUGUCAACCCACGAAAGGAAAGCUAGUAUUCGGGAGUUCUAUGCUGUUAUUUUUCCCUCUUUAAUGCAACUGGAAAGAGGUAUUACUGAUACGGAAGAUGAGAAGCAAAAGGCAGUAUGUAUUGAAAGGUAUAGGAGAAGAAGCGGCGAAGAACAUAGUACACUUUCGGAGAUGGAUGUUGAAAGAGAAGAGGAAUGUGGAAUUUGUAUGGAGAUGAACAGCAAGAUUGUAUUACCCAAUUGUAACCAUGCCAUGUGCAUUAAGUGCUACUGUGAAUGGUAUUCAAGAUCACAGUCAUGCCCAUUCUGUCGUGAUAGUCUGGAAGGAGUAAAUUCUGGUGAUCUUUGGGUCCUUACUGACAGCAGAGACAUAGUCGACAUGGCAACACUGACGAGGGAGAACCUUGAAAGGCUUUUUCUGUACAUAGAUAAGUUGCCGGAGAUCAUUCCAGAUUCUGUUUUCAAUAAUUACGAUUCACACGUAAAGUAAUUAAUGUUCUUGGUCAAAAUAUAUUUCUGCACGGUGUUAUUUUGGACCGAUAGAAGAGUAGUGUUUAAGUGUUCCUUUUUCUCAUUUCGAAACCAAACUCUGCCUAUGUUAUCAAUGUAGUCAGAGAUGAAAGAAAAGGUAAAGGGAAACCCACUUGGGUAAGGGGCCUGUAAAUUGUAAUUAGGGAACUUUAUACAUGUUUGUACAGUAGGAGAGUCUGUUUGCCUUGGGCUUUAUGGGCCUGCCCUAGUUUUUGAAUUGGAAAUUGGAAUAGUAAAUUAGAUGUCGCUGUCCUUCUGUAACUCAAUAUCACUUCGACUUUCUAAGUACAAGUAAUCAGUGAAUUUAUGUGUUUUUGCA